UCCAUUGAAACCAAAAACCCCAUACCCUCUCCGCCAUCUCUCUCUCUCUCUCUCUCUCUCUCUCUCUCUCUCUACGUAUACGUAUAUCUCUGUAUAUCCAUCGCUUUCUCUAUCUAGGUUUUUCAAUUUCACAGUGAUUGUUGUUGUUGUUGUUGGAUCGAGAGAUCAACGAUGUCGCUGAGACCAAGCGCGAGAACCGAGGUUCGCCGCAACAGGUACAAGGUAGCUGUGGAUGCAGAAGAAGGUAGGAGGAGGAGGGAAGACAACAUGGUGGAGAUCCGGAAGAACCGUAGAGAAGAGAGCUUGCAGAAAAAGCGUCGCGAAGGCCUUCAACCUAAUCAGCAAUUUUCUUCCACUCUUCAAUCCUCCUCUGCUGUCGAGAAGAAGUUAGAGCAUCUACCUGCAAUGGUUGCAGGUGUUUGGUCUGAGGAUGGUAAUUUGCAACUAGAAGCUACUACCCAGUUUCGGAAGUUGCUAUCGAUAGAACGGAGUCCUCCAAUCGAGGAAGUUAUUCAAUCAGGAGUUGUUCCUCGUUUUGUUGAGUUUCUUGUGAGGGAGGACUUCCCGCAACUUCAGUUUGAGGCUGCUUGGGCUCUCACAAACAUUGCUUCUGGGACAUCUGAGAACACAAAGGUGGUAAUUGAUCAUGGUGCCGUUCCAAUCUUUGUGAAGCUUCUUGGUUCUCCUAGUGAUGAUGUUAGAGAGCAGGCAGUGUGGGCGUUGGGAAAUGUUGCUGGUGAUUCUCCUAAAUGCCGUGAUCUUGUCCUUGGCCAUGGAGCUUUGCUUCCUUUGCUGGCACAGUUGAACGAGCAUGCCAAGCUUUCCAUGCUGAGAAAUGCUACUUGGACGCUUUCGAAUUUCUGUAGAGGCAAGCCACAGCCUGCUUUUGAUCAGACUAAGCCUGCACUCCCAGCACUUCAGCGUCUUAUUCACUCAAAUGAUGAAGAAGUCUUGACAGAUGCAUGUUGGGCGCUCUCAUAUCUUUCAGAUGGUACGAAUGAUAAAAUUCAAGCUGUUAUUGAAGCAGGAGUGUGCCCCCGGCUUAUUGAGCUCUUACUUCACCCAUCUCCCUCAGUGCUAAUUCCUGCUCUUCGUACAGUUGGUAACAUUGUCACUGGAGAUGACAUGCAAACUCAGUGUAUUAUCAACCAUCAAGCACUACCAUGUCUUCUGAACCUGUUGUCGAGUAAUUAUAAGAAGAGUAUCAAGAAGGAAGCUUGUUGGACAAUUUCAAACAUUACUGCUGGAAACAAGGAGCAGAUUCAGGCUGUGAUUGAGUCCAAUAUUUUUGGCCCUCUAAUUAAUUUGCUUCAGAGUGCGGAAUUUGAUAUUAAGAAAGAGGCUGCCUGGGCAAUCUCAAAUGCUACCUCUGGUGGAAGUCAUGAACAAAUUAAGUACCUCGUGAGCCAAGGAUGUAUCAAGCCGUUAUGUGAUCUUCUUGUAUGUCCUGAUCCGAGGAUUGUCACAGUCUGUUUAGAAGGACUUGAAAACAUCUUGAAGGUUGGGGAAGCUGAGAAAAAUUUGGGCCAAUCAGGAGAUGUAAAUCUCUAUGCUCAAAUGAUUGAUGAUGCUGACGGUUUAGAGAAAAUUGAGAACCUUCAGAGUCAUGACAACAAUGAGAUUUAUGAGAAAGCCGUUAAGAUUCUUGAGACGUACUGGUUGGAGGAAGAUGAUGAAACAAUGCCUCCUGGUGAUGCGUCCAAACCUGGGUUUAACUUUGGGGGGAGUGAGCUUCCUGUUCCUUCUGGUGGAUUCAGCUUUAACUGAAGGACUUCUGAGAAGCUAUUUCAUUGAAGUCUUCAUUAUGUAUGGUGGGUAUAAUAUUUGGAGUUGUGUCAGGCAUCUCAUUGUCUUGUUUGGGUCCCGCAUUGUCGAGCCUCAGGUGCAGUGAAAGGGGUUGCUGAACUGGCUUUGGUUUCUCAUGAUGGUGGGGAUGCUUCAACGAAGUCAUGUUUAUUCAGGUGUGCCAUUUGGCCUUUUGAUGACAUCCGUAGAGUCAUGUUUUUGUCCCCUAUUGGCGUUGUAGGUAUGGGUAAAUUUCCCCAUUUACUAUCAGUUUGGUUGUUUUGGCGCUCUCCCGCUGCUUUGUAAUGAGGAACAUGGGGGUUUUCUUUUUUCCUUGGAAGCUUUUGUUUUGUUUUCUCUUUUUCCUUGCUACUACAAUAUCACGGAGUCAUUUUAUUGAAAAAAUUUUGUUUGGUUGUCGGAAAUGGAAAGCUCUCAAAUCCUUUUUGAAGUAAAAGGGCAAUUGCAAUUGUUAUUUAUACA